AUACGGAAAAUAAGACGGGUGAUAAGCAGAGGAACCGAGUGAGAGUGAAGAAUUAGGCAGAAGACGGUGGAGUGCUACGUAUUGUAGCGGUGUGCAGUCUUUGCAGACGGUCCCUGACUGUGGAAGUGACUGUUUUGUGGUAACCAUGAGCUGCUGUCGUGUAGAACCUCUGUUGGACAGGUGCCUUAUUUGCUUAAGCAAAAACCUCUCCAGAUAUGAGUCCGAUCUGGAGCCGCUGCCUCCGCAUCUUAAGGACAAGCUGAUAACGCUUCUUUCUGUCCAGGGACUUCUCACAGACUCCAACAUUGGACGGGUUCUGCAUCCAUCUGUGAAAAAACUUGACCUCCGUGACUGCGACGUGUCUGACAACGCCCUGAGAGCAAUAUCCCUGUGCAGACAACUCAAGAAAAUAAACUUAAAUUCCAGCAAAGGAGAAGAGAGAACCUCAGUUACGUCUGAAGGAAUCACAGAGGUUGCUCAGUCAUGCCCAUACCUCCAUGAAAUCACUCUUAAAAAAUGUCGCAAUCUGACUGACGCUGGUGUCCUGGCUCUUUCACUAAAUUGCCCUCUAUUGCAAAUCGUUAACUUGAGCGGCUGCUCCGAAGUCAGUGACGUGUCACUGCACGCGCUGGGGCAGAACUGUCCUCUGCUGCACAGUGUGGACUUGUCUGCUACAAAGGUCACCGAUGAUGGCGUCAUUGCUCUAGUGUCUGGCAAAUGUUCAUCAAAUUUAAAGGAAAUUCACAUAGAUCGUUGCCUACAUGUGACGGAUGACGCAGUGGAGGCCAUUCUCACUUGCUGUCCCAAUAUCUACAUUCUGCUCUUUCACGGAUGUCCACAAAUCACAGAUCGCUCAGCACUGGCCAUAGAACAGCUUCUCGGAUCAAAAAAGCUAAAGCAAGUCACAUGGACUGUAUAAUCCGCUCCUGGUCCACUCACAUAAGCCCUUUUCAGUUGUCGUGUUCCUCCUGUGUCCUUUUGAUGUAUAUUGUAUAUGUGAAGCCGCUCAUAAAGGUUGAUGGCAGAUCAAUGAUGGCGGGUUUGACCAUCAGAUAAGGGCACCUUCACAGCUGUCAUCAUCACCCCUUCUCUGCUCCAUAGACAUUCAAGUGCACAUGCUCUCUGUAACCAGGGUUGAUGAAGUAGUCCAAUGCAUCCCUCAAAGACCCAUUAAAUGAAGCCUCACACAUUCCAGGGCAGCAUUUUUAAGGUGGUCAUGAUAAUAGGUAAAUAUAGAACAGAAGGAGCGUAGAACUGAAUUAUCUUCUCAGAAGUACCCUAUGUCUUGCCAUUAAGAUACAUGCAUGUAUAGUUGAUUACACCUUUAAAAUACCA